CCUCAUUCCUCCUCCGCCGAGUCCAUUGCGUGUUUCCCUCUUUUCCUCUUCAUUUCUCCCACUCUUUUUCGAAAUCUUUAAAAUCUCAUUUUCCACUCUUUCCAUUUCAUCAAAAUGACUAAUCCAAAUGCGGUGGUUUCCGACACGCAGUCCGCCAUUGGCAUGGCUAUCACGGUGGCCGUCAAUAGUUCAUCUCUCUAUUCCCCCUCGGUUCCCAAUUCUCCUUACAACAUCACUUUGUUUUCAAGAAACAAGUUCCCCAAGAGUACUAUUGAAACAGCUGCCUCCUCAGCCGGAGGACAUGCUGGAUUGGCCAAGAACAUUGCAUGGGUCGAUGCUAUGAGAGCUUCUUCUCCAACCAGAAACUCUUCUGAAGAUACAGAAGAUAAGAAAGCUUGGAUUAUGAAGCAUCCUUCAGCAUUGGGUGUGUUUGAAGAGAUCAUGAGUGCUGCAAAGAUGAAACAAGUUGUGAUUUUUCUUGAUUAUGAUGGCACUUUGUCUCCCAUUGUUCCCAACCCUGAUCAAGCUUACAUGGCUCCUGAGAUGAGAGAAGCAGUGAAGAAUGUUGCAAAGUACUUUCCAACAGCCAUUGUUAGCGGGAGGUGCAGAGCCAAGGUUUAUAAUUUUGUAAGACUAUCAGAAUUAUACUACGCGGGUAGUCAUGGUAUGGACAUCAAGGGUCCAUCGUCUGGCAAGCAUCAAAAAGGUAAUCAAAAUGUGCUAUGCCAACCAGCCAAGGAAUUUUUACCAAUGAUGGCUGAGGUUUACAAGCAUCUAUUAGAAAAAACAAAGGACAUUCCAGGAGCCAAUGUGGAAAACAACAAGUUCUGUUUAUCUGUACAUUUUAGAUGUGUUGAAGAACAGAACUGGAGUGAUUUAGCAGAUCGAGUUAAAUUUGUUCUUAAAGAUUACCCAAAGCUUCGGUUGACUCAAGGCCGAAAAGUUCUAGAGAUUCGACCAACUAUCAAGUGGGACAAAGGCAAAGCCCUUGAGUUCUUGUUGGAAUCAUUAGGUUAUGCUAACUCAAAAGAUGUCUUACCUAUCUACAUAGGAGAUGAUCGUACUGAUGAAGAUGCGUUCAAGGUAUUGCGUAAACAAGGACAAGGAUUUGGUAUUUUGGUGUCUAAAAUACCUAAAGAAACUGAUGCUACUUAUUCUUUACAAGAACCAUCUGAGGUUAUGCAUUUUCUACAACGUUUGGUGACAUGGAAACGAGGGGUUCCACGCAGUCAUUAGAGAGCUAAUGCAGAUAAAAACACCAAUGCACUUCCCACCUAGAAGUUUUCAAGAAGUGUGGGAUGAUGUUUGUGUUUUAGUUUUGUGUUUUGAUCGAUUCAUGGGUAUAUAGAAAACGAAAAUCUUGUAAAUAACAUCACUUUGUGAU